AGAUUUCGUUUUUGUAGGAAAAAUUAUGUUUUUCAAAGGCUUGCAAGUUUCGCUGUGCGCAUUUUUAGUCGGUGUUAUUAACAUAAGUGGAACCCAGGGUUCAUACGAACCAACUUGGGAGUCUUUGGACGCCAGGCCGCUUCCGAGUUGGUACGACGAGGCGAAAAUUGGAGUUCUGGUUCACUGGGGCUUGUACUCAGUUCCUGGCGUCGGGUCAGAAUGGUUCUGGUGGGCACUCAGAGGUCAGAAGAAGCCAUCGUAUCUCCAGUUCAUGAGAGACAACUUCAAGGCAAAAGAUACUUAUGCGUCAUUCACGGAUGAUCUCACCGGGAUUUUCUUCAACCCCAACAAAUGGGCAGAACUUUUCGAACACGCCGGAGUGAAAUACGCAAUUCUCACAGCAAAGCAUCAAGACGGUUAUUGCAUGUGGCCAUCGCCGUAUUCCUAUCACUGGAAUUCUCUGACUUCCGGUCCGACGAAGGACGUCGUGGGAGAAUUUAUGACCGCAAUGAGGAAGAAGGAAAAUUUGAAAGCUGGAGUUUUCUACUCUUUGUACGAAUGGUUCCACCCGAUCUACAAUAUUGACAAGGCGAUCGGGUUCAGAACUUCUUUCUACCCAGCGACAAAAUCAGUGCCAGAAUUGAAGGACUUGGUAGAGAAGUACAAGCCUGACAUCAUUUGGUCGACUGGGGAUUGGGAAGCACCUGCGUCCUAUUGGAACUCGACCAAUUUCCUGGCUUGGCUCUACAACGAAAGUCCUGUCGCUGAAACCGUGGUUGUCAACGAUCGCUGGGGUGAAGGAACUGCUUGCGAACACGGGGGAUUCCUCAACUGCGUCGACAGAUACAAUCCACGAAACAUGCUCAUCAACAUCGGGGUCACUGCGGACGGCAUGUUGAAUCCGAUCUACGAAGACAGGCUCGUCAAACUGGGAGACUGGAUGAAGAUCAACGCAGAAGGUAUUCACGGAACUGUGCCCUGGUCAUUCCAGAAUGACACAGUCAAUGCUGAUACUUGGUACACAAAAAGAAAAGAAGGAAGCGGCCCAGAGGACGUGCAAGGAAGCGUGUAUGCCAUAUUUUUGCGAUAUCCUGUAUCAGAUUUAAUCCUCGGAGCACCGGAAGCAUCGGAAACCACUCAGAUUUUCAUGCUGGGCUAUGGAGAAGUCACACACGAAACUCUGCCAGAUGGUGGCAUAAAGAUCAGCGUACCACCAAUGCAAGCAGCAACAAGUCCACCCUACGGCUGGGUUCUCCGAAUGACCAACUUGAGUAAUGCAUGAAGAUAAUCAAGAACAUCUGUAAAUGUAUUUUGUUUUCCUUUCGAAUUUCUUCGAUAACUUCGCCUGCGCAGCAACAUUUUGGUACGUUGACGAGCGCAGAAUGCGGAUCCGGGCGAAAUAAAAGUGGAUCUUGCGAGA